AUGUCGUCCGUCGGCGGCGGCGCCCUGGCCCACCGCAGCGCCGCCUCGCCCUGCUCCCGCUGCGGAGGCGCGGGCCACUUCGAGCCGCUCUGCACCACCCCCGCCGUAUCUGACGCCACCGACGGCGCCGCCGCUCGCUGCGGCGUCUGCGGCGGCGCGGGCCACGGCGGCAGUAACUGCGCCACCACCGAGACCGCCGACAUCCGCUGCGAGACCUGCGGCGAGCUGGGCCACCGGCCCAUCGACUGCCCAGCGCGUGCCGGCAUCCGCUGCGAGACCUGCGGCGAGCUGGGCCACCGGCCCAUGGACUGCCCAACGCGCGCCGCCGACCUCGACGACCCGAACCUCGCCUCGGUGGACUACCACUCGUGCGCCACCUGCGGCGAGCCGGGGCACUUCGCGCCGGCUUGUCCUGACUUCUCAGUCGAUUGGUCUGCUCUGUAA